AUUAAAAUCUCAAGUACAUGCUUUGGCUCUGCUCUGCAAAUACCCCUUUUGCUUUCUUAUUUUACUUCUCUGUUUUUUUUGUUCAUAAUUUCCAUCUCCAAAAACGCUUUCGGUUUCGGUUUGAUUUGGACUUGCUGUGAUUUGAUUUGGAUAUGGAGCUCGUUCAGGACUUGGUUUGGACGGCGUCGGUGGCGCUCAUCCUCUCUUUCUUCGUCGCCAAGCUCGUCGCGAUGGCCAUGGCGGACCGCGAACAAGACUCGGCGGAGUCCAAAGUCGUCACGGAGGAGGUGCGAUUCGAAGAGAAGAAGCUCAGAGUCGAAGAGGUUUAUCAGAGCCAGAAGAGAGUCCAAUUCGCCGCCGAAGUGGAAGCGGUUGAUCGGUUCGAAGGGAAAUCGGAAAAUGAAGAAGCGGCGACCGUUGAAUUUGUGGAGAAAUCCGAUGACGGCGGCGCGGAGGUGUCGGUUGAGAAAGCGAUUGACUCUGAUCGUCGACGUGGUUAUGAGGAUGAGGAAAUUUCGGAGAAUAGACAGGUGGAGGAAUCCCCUGAAUCAGCACCAAACGACGUCGUUACUGCGCAUUGCGGUGAAGCGGUCGGGGUCAAAUUGGGAAAUUACAGCGAUGAAGAUGACUGGGAAGGAAUCGAGAAGAGCGAGCUGGAUGAAGGUUAUACUGCCGCGGUGAAAUCGGCUCCCCCUGCACAAGGUUAUUAGACAUUGGAUUGCUGGUGGUCCACAUCUUGAACCACACGUUCUAUUCCCCUGAGAUUGACUAGUUUCAGUAUAACUGUAAUAAGAGUAGAUAUCAUCCUACUAGUAUACUAGAACAAGAGUGUAUUAAACAACUGCGGUGUAGGGUAGCUCAUAAAACUGGAGUUUAAGGCUGUUUCUGAAAUUAGUUACGAAUCAAAAGAACAUACCCUUUUAUCCAGAGGACAGGGUGCCCACAGUGAAUGGUUUGUGAUCCCAAUCGAGAGCACCACAUUGGCACAUUCC